AAGGGUUAACAGUGGGACGGGCGCCACUUAAAUACAUUUCCCAUCUCUUCUCGUUCGGACUUUGUCUUACGGGGUCGUUGAGACCGCGUUCGCUCAUUUUACCCUCACACAAUGCCAUCGUGAUACCCUGAUUGACGCAGCUACUUCGUUUCUCCGUGCCUUCGUUAACCAUGGCCCGCCUUGGUCGUGUCGGGUUUUUGGCCCUGGCUAUAAUUUUCCAUUUGAUUUACACCUACUCGAUCUUCGAUAUCUAUUUUGUCAGCCCAAUCGUGAGUGGAAUGCGACCUUGUGGCGUGGAGCGCGAACCCGGAGCCAAAGCACCCGCGAAGCGAUUGUUCCUGUUUGUCGGAGACGGUCUCCGUGCUGACAAGGCUUUUCAAUCCUUUCCCGACCCGUCUCCGCCUCCAGACGCAUGCCCCGAUGCUUCCAGCUGCGAUGGAGAAUAUCUCAAACCGAGGCCACUUGCUCCGUUCAUCCGCUCGCGCGUCCUCCACCACGGUACAUUCGGCGUGUCUCACACCCGCGUUCCUACGGAGUCGAGACCGGGACAUGUUGCACUCAUCGCAGGGUUGUACGAAGACGUUUCGGCGGUUACAACAGGUUGGAAAUUGAAUCCAGUCAACUUCGAUAGUGUCUUCAAUCGCAGUAGGCAUACCUGGAGCUGGGGGAGCCCGGAUAUCCUUCCUAUGUUUAAGGAGGGUGCCGUUCCCGGAAGAAUCGAUGCGGAAACAUACGGUGAGGAGGCCGAGGAUUUCACCCAGGAUGCAACAAAGCUGGAUAUAUGGGUGUUUGAUAAAGUGAAAGCGCUGUUCUCAAGGGCAAAAGAGGAUCCGGAGCUGAAUGCAAGGUUGAGAGACGAUAAGCUAGUCUUUUUCCUGCAUCUCUUGGGUCUGGAUACGUCCGGUCAUGCUUAUCGACCAUACUCAAGGGAAUAUCUACACAACAUAAAAGUUGUCGAUCAAGGAGUCCGUGAAAUUACUGAAUUAGUUGAGAAUUUCUACGGUGAUGAUGAAACUGCCUUCGUUUUCACCGCUGAUCAUGGUAUGAGUGACUGGGGUAGCCAUGGUGAUGGCCACCCAGAUAACACCCGUACGCCACUUGUUGUCUGGGGCUCCGGGGUCGCUAAACCAAAAAUUUCCCAUUGGGGAGUUGCUCCCGGUCACGAAGACGGUUUCUCAUCGGACUGGAACCUGGAUCAUGUUCAUCGGCAUGACGUUGCUCAGGCCGAUGUUGCUGCCCUCAUGGCUUAUUUGGCUGGGCUCGACUUUCCUGCCAAUUCCGUGGGCAAGCUUCCGCUUGAUUAUAUCGAUGCGACUUUAAAGGAGAAGGCGAAUGCUGCUUUGGCCAACGCUCAAGGAGUCCUUGAAAUAUACCACGUGAAGGAGGAGCACAAGAGGUCCUCUACACUACGGUACAAGCCAUAUGGGCCAUUUGCCAGCCCCGACAGUUCGCCAGAUUCCCAGGUAUCCGCAAUCCAAAAGCUAAUUUCUAAGCAAAAAUACGAGGAAGCAAUCAGUCACUCAUCAAGUCUAUUAGAGGAGGCACUGGACGGAUUGCGCUACCUCCAGACGUACGACUGGCUCUUCCUGCGAACCAUUGUUACCGCGGGCUAUCUUGGAUGGAUUGCUUAUGCUUUAACCACCGUUAUAGACCUCCAUGUUUUACACCAAACUUCUCAAUCUGUCCGGACUACCUUCACCACGAGCUUUUUUUCUUCCGUCCUAGUUGGUCUAUACUCCGUAUUAUGGGUUCAGAAGUCCUCCUGGCGUUAUUAUGCAUAUGCCAUAUUCCCAGUAUUUUUCUGGGAAGAAGUUGUUGCAAGGCGAGACGCGCUUAAAGCCGGACGACAGAUCCUCUUAGGCCAUAUUCGAACCUUUUCGGGUUAUUUCUCGUUCUCACUCCAGUUAGUGAUAUAUAUUGGAGUAUUAGAGGCUCUUGUUCAAUCUUAUUUUCACCGAGAGAUCUACACUGCCUGUUAUCUAAUUGCUUGUUUUUGGCCGGCCUUUUACGGAUUCGACUUCCUCUCUCGCAACAAAGUCGUUGUCUCUACUUGGGUUAUUGGGUGUGGUUUAUUGAGUGUUUUCACUCUUCUCCCAGUGAUCAAAAUUGAAAGCUCGAAUACAAUCACCCUUGGAGGCGCACUUAUGUUUGCCACGGGCCUCCUCUACCUCGCAUUUGAGGAGAGCAUCACCCUUCAAUCGAAACAAGCCGCAAAAAGCUCCCUUCGCAAGGGAUCACGCAUUGUUAUGGGAAUUCAAGUCGGUCUGAUUCUACUCGCCAUUAUUGUUACAAGGUCAAGUAUUGCAUCAAUACAAGCUAAGAAGGGUUUACCAUUUGGCAAUCAAAUUGUUGGAUGGAUCAUUAUGGUUUCUUCGCUUUUGCUCCCCUUCGUGCACAAACUCUAUCCAAAUAGCCAUUAUCUUCAUCGCCUUAUCAUACUCUUCCUUGCAUUCUCACCGACGUUUAUCAUCCUCACUAUCUCCUACGAAGGACUCUUCUAUUUUACAUUCUGUGUAUCGCUUCUCACAUGGGUGAGACUUGAACACAGCAUAUACGUACAUACGUCGAGCUACCAUACGACCUCCAAAACACCUACCGAUCAGGGAAUCACGACCGGGAGGACAGAGAGCCUUCGGGUUUCACUCUCUACCGCAAUCCAAAAUCGCAGGCACCGCAGCCUAACCGUCUCCGAUGCCCGCAUCGCCCUCUUUUUCCUUUUCCUCCUACAGUCCGCAUUUUUCAGCACUGGCAACAUCGCUUCUAUCUCCUCAUUCUCUCUUGAGAGCGUUUGUCGCCUCAUCCCUAUCUUCAAUCCCUUCUCCCAGGGCGCCCUCCUCAUUCUCAAGAUCCUCAUCCCAUUCGCCGUGAUCAGCGCGAAUCUCGGCAUUCUCAAUCACCGGCUAGGCGUCGCUCCGUCCGCCUUAUUCAUGAUCGUUAUGUCAAUUAGCGACGUGAUGACCUUGAACUUCUUUUAUAUGGUUCGAGACGAAGGGAGCUGGCUCGAUAUCGGAACAACCAUCAGCCACUUUUGUAUUGCGAGCGGGAUGUCCGUCUUUGUGGCAGGGUUAGAAUUCCUAAGUGAGGUCUUCAUUUCGGGAAUCGAGUUUCAAAGCGAUGAUCGCGUAUCCUCUGGCAAACCGGGCGAGCCAAACGUUUCGGUCGAGACAAAUGGGAAGUUACACGAGCCAGCCAGAGGAUCUUCGUCAAAACCCAACAUCCCGGGGAAGCGUGGCUUUGUCGAAAAUGGACUCGUAUCUUCCACCGACCGUACGGCAAAAGUGGUCAAUUAAGACUUUAUAAUCUUUUUUCUCUAUUGCCUUAUUUAAUUUUUAUAUGCGGGCACCUGAUCAGGUUCCUUGGGAAAUUGUAAUUUUGGUGGUAAAAUAUCUGUCUCCAUAUAGAGUUUGGGCAAAGACCUAUAGAAUGUCGCAUUUGACGCAUAUCUCUAAA